AUGAAUUGACCCUGGCCCUGGUAGCCCUUGUCAGCCAUGGAAGGUGGUGAUGAAGAUUCGUCUUCAUCUGCCAGCCCUGAGCUUCCGAAUCGGUCGAAGUCCGAGCGGGUUUCGCUGAAUCGGAAGGUGUGGAACUUGCCCAGCAUCCGAGAGAAGCUCAAGGAUCGGUUGAUCGAGGCGCAGGAGGCCUUGCUGUUGCAAAGCAAGGAGCGUGCCGAGCUUUAUGGCAGCAGUAGGUCUCUCACUGAAUAUGGGAAGGACGGCAAGCAGGAGAUACCACCUUCGCCCCAAUUGUCUCAUCCCCACAGCCGUCGUACGUCCAAUUCGUCACAGGACGGCCUUGAGAGCAAACGCCAGUCCGUGCUGCCGGUGCUGAAGAGAUCCCUCUCCUCGGCUGGCAGUCAAAGCACUGCUGGCACUGCUGGAGUCGAUCAUACCAGUGCUUCGAAACUCUCGGUACCAUCGCCGUCUUUUGGUGAUGAGUCGACCGUCUCAGGACGAGCUCGAGCCAACACGCUGGACAAUCUCACACCGACAGUGGCUGGAAAUAUCCGAACGGUUUUGUCGGACAUUCGUCAGGCAUACAUGGGCAUCGACUGGUUUACAGUCCAAGAGAAAAAGAAAAAGUUUUCCUUGCUAUUUUUCAUUGAGGAGCUCUAUUACUGGUGCUACGCUGGCUACAUCGUGACGGUCAUCCUCAUUGGAGCCAUGUUUAUGUGGCUUCUGGAGCCCAACGGUGCAUUUUCCCUGCCACAAGCGCUUUACACCUCUGCCAGCUGCGUGUCUCAGAGCGGCCUCGCUGUGGUGGACUGGUCCAAGCAGGCCACCUCCACCUAUGUCAUCAGUUUCAUCCUCAUCAUCUUGGGCUCGACGUCCUUAUUACAUAUGGUGCCAGUGGUGCUCAGGCAAAACUCCUUCCGGAUGCAAGCGAAGAUGUCCUCCUGGCAGAAGUACAACAAGGCUGGCAGUAGUGAUGGGACUACCAUCACAACUUUUCGGCGAUACAACUCCGAUCCGGGAGUUCCAGAGCUCUUCGUUCACCACCACAAUCACGACGGCCACCGGGAGUCAGCGCAACGUUGGCACAUGCCCAAAGACGAAUCCAUAGAGGAGGCCAUGAAGAGCAGAAAGAACCAUUGCACAAGCCAUGCACUGGAAAGAUCGCACCGCUUGGAGUACAAGGCCUUGGCAAAGGUGCUCAAGAUCAUGGCCGGAUACUGGGUGGGCGUUCAUGCCCUUGGCAUCAUCAUCAUCUACUGCUACCUUUGCUGCCAUGGGCCAGUGCAGGAGAAGUUUGACAAGGAAGGUCUGCGACCCUUCCCUCACGCGCUGUACUUGACGGUGUCCUCCUUCCAAAACAAUGGUCUGGUGUUGACGCAGUCCUCGGUGAUGGACUAUGUGGACAGCCCUGUUUUGUUGAGCACCGUUGGAGCACUGAUUCUGCUCGGCAACACUGGGCUACCCAUCAUGGUACGUUACAUCGCUUUCACCUGGAGUCGACGUAUCCAGCCACAGUCAGAACACAAGCGUGUCUUGGAUUUUUUGCUGGAACAUCCACGCAGAUGCUUUACGCAUAUGUUCCCUGCCGUGCACACUUUGUGGCUGCUGCUUGUGGUUGUGGCGCUGAACAUUCUGGGAACUGUGGUCGUCUUGGUUCAGGACUGGGAUAGCAAAGCCUUCACUGGUCUUGAAGCAGGUGGAAAGAUGGGGAAUGCCUUGUUUCAGACCGUGUCAACUCGGACUGCAGGGAUGAACUCCAUCAACAUUGCCCAGUUAUCCCAGGGAACGACUUUCUUCAUGGCAGUCAUGAUGUACUUUUCCACGACACCGACAGUGGUGACCAUGCGUUUGUCUGCUGCUGAGCACGAGUUGGACAUUACUGGCAGAGUGGAAGGAGUCGAAGAAGCAGUGAUCACUGCGGAGAAUUCCUUGAAGGGACAGGCCAGAAGGUACUUGACGCAAGACGCGACAUACCUGUUGGUGAUUUGUUUCCUUAUUUGCUGCUUGGAGCAAGACAGCUUUGCCAGGGCAGCCAAGCAUCCGUCUCCCGACAGCGACGGCAUUUACACCGACUUCGGUUUCUUCAAAGUGCUUUUCGAAAUUCUGUCAGCUUACGGCACCUGUGGCCUUUCCUUGGGCUUUGAGAAUCAGACCUUCUCUUUCAGCGGAGUCUGGUGUGGAGCCUCUCAGAUGUUGCUGGUCUUCACUAUGAUCUUGGGUCGGCUUCGAGGGCUUCCCGACUCCAUUGAUGCUUCUGUGCGAAUGGCUAUGCCAAGCACCGAGGAAGAUGAUGCCAACGACUUCGUCCGGUUUUAAAGGGCACACGUGGAGUGAGAUAUUGCCACGUGCGUUGACAUCAGGCAAAGUCUUUGAUCGAUCGAUCCUUGGAUGACAGUGAAACGGGCAUCGAUGAGGUGUUUGAAAGUGGAGCCGCAGUCUUGUUCAUAGUACCGGGGGAUCACCGUUUGCAUUCUUCCUCGUUUGGAUUUUGUUGCAGAGCCUGGACCACCGCCCGAGCAUGGAUCAAGAUGGUCAUCUUGCGACAAAGAACUUCGCAACUUCAGACUAUCCUGGACAGGGGUUAGCAGUUUGAGCAUGUGUUGCAGCAAAGGAAGCUGACCCAAUUGUGAGAGACC